AACGGCUUUCUCGCUGAAAAAAAAAAAAAAAAAUACUGUCUCUCUCUCUCUUCCUUGCUCUUUCCCUUGCGUCUCGCUCGGAUCUAAAAGCCUAUCCAUUCACGAUUCAUCCAUUCUUAGAAGCCAAACAACACUUUUCUUUUUCCCUUUUCCUUUCCUUUCCUCUUUCUCUCCUUCCAUCGCUCGAUAUCGGGAGCUCAAUCCUCCUCCAGAUACGCUCUCGAUCCAUCGAGCAAACAAUCACCUAAUAAGAGAGGGAGGAGACAAUCUUCUGUUAUGUAACGAUCCAAUUCAGUAACAAUAUAAUUAAUAAUAAAUAAAUAAAUUCUUUUUUUUUUUUAAAGAACGGAGAAGAUCAUAAGAAAAGUAAAAAUCCAAAGGAAAAUCCAAUUAAUGGAAGGAAUAGCGACGCAGCUGAGGAGAGGAAUCUCCCGCCAGUUCUCGACGGGGUCGUUGCGGCGGACCUUAAGUCGGCAGUUCUCUCGGCAAACUUCUCUCGAUCCGAGAAGGAAUAAUUUGAGGUUUAGCUUUGGGAGACAGUCUUCGCUCGAUCCUAUUCGGAGGAGUCCUGUACAUGAUGAGCUGUUUGUAGUUCCCGAGAAUCUCGAUACCACCAUGCAGCUGCUAUUUCUGGCGUGUAGAGGAGAUGUGAAGGGCGUUGAGGAUUUGUUGAAUGAAGGAAUUGAUGUUAAUAGUAUUGAUUUGGAUGGGAGGACUGCGUUGCAUAUUGCUGCUUGUGAAGGACAUCUGGAGGUCGUCAAGCUUUUGUUGAGUAGAAAGGCUAAUAUUGAUGCUCGUGAUCGCUGGGGGAGUACGGCAUGUGCUGAUGCUAAGUACUACGGAAAUGAAGAAAUUUACAAUGUUUUGAAGGCUCGAGGAGCCAAAGCCCCGAAAACCAGGAAGACCCCAAUGGCUGUUACGAAUCCUCGAGAAGUCCCAGAGUAUGAGCUUAAUCCAUUAGAGCUGCAGGUUCGGAAGUCUGAUGGCAUCUCAAAACAGGGAUCAUACCAAGUGGCCAAAUGGAAUGGUACCAAGGUUACUGUAAAGAUACUUGAUAAGGACAGCUAUUCAGAUCCUGAGAGCAUAAAUGCUUUCAAACAUGAGCUAACCUUAUUAGAGAAGGUCAGACAUCCUAAUGUGGUUCAGUUUGUUGGAGCUGUUACCCAAAAUAUUCCCAUGAUGAUUGUGUUAGAGCAUCAUCCAAAAGGUGACUUGGCAAUUUAUCUCCAGAAGAAAGGGCGUCUUUCUCCAUCCAGAGCUUUGAGAUUCUCUCUUGAUAUUGCUAGGGGAAUGAACUAUCUUCAUGAAUGCAAACCGGAUCCCAUCAUCCAUUGUGAUUUAAAGCCAAAAAAUAUUUUGCUGGAUAGUGGUGGUCUGUUGAAGGUAGCUGGGUUUGGUUUGAUAAAGUUGUCAAAGAUUUCACCUGACAAAGCUAAAGUAGCACCAGGGAUUCCCAUUGACCCUUCAAAUAUUUAUGCGGCACCUGAGGUUUGUAAAGAUGAAAUAUUUGAUAGAAGUGUGGAUACAUACUCUUUCGGUGUCAUUUUAUACGAGAUGAUUGAGGGAGUGCUGCCUUUCCAUCCCAAGUCUCCUGAAGAGGCUGUGAAAUUGAUGUGUUUGGAGAAACAGAGACCACCAUUCAAGACAAAAUCAAGAAGUUAUCCUCUAGAUCUAAAAGAGUUGAUUGAUGAAUGUUGGCAUCCAGAACCUGUUGCUAGGCCAACCUUUUCUGAGAUCAUUGUACGAUUGGAUAGAAUAGUUGCCCACUGUUCAAAACAGGGAUGGUGGAAAGACACCUUUAAGCUUCCAUGGUAUGUUUUUCUUACCAUAUCCCUUUUUAUAUUUCAUUCCAAAUAACAAAAGAAGCCAUAGCCAAGGUUCCACUCCAAAAAAAAAUUAAGGCAUCGGCGACAAAUUGAUGGAUCUGUCCGUGUUAAAACUUACUAGUGACAAAGUUUUCAGCGAUGAUUAUAAUCUGUUACUAAAUCCAUAGCUAAAUAAAAAAAUUGACCUUCAACAGUGGAUAUUAGUCUAUUGUUGAAACCCUCUUCACUAAGGUAUCAACGAUGGAUCUGAUUGUGUUCUUAACAUGGAUCUUGAAAAAUACCUUAGUCAAACAUUUUUGGAGGGUUUGUUAAUCAAAAUUCCAAGUCCAUAGCUUUUUGUACCUUCCUUGGACAAUUAAAAAUUUUCUGCUAAAUUGGUAUUAAUAAUCCAUUGGAUGGAAAAGAGUGUCUAUUUGUUCUCAUAUGAAGGAACCCUCUUGCCCUUAGGGGGAGGGGAGACAUGGUGAAACGACUUGGGGUCUAUUUAAUAUUGUUGUUUGAGUUAUUAUUGAGAAAAAUACCAUCUCAAAAAUGUUUAUUAAAGACCUUUAAAUUUUGAUUUUAAUUUAAAUUUGACAUAUUUUAAUCAAACAUAACAAAAUAAAAUUUUCAAAUAAUUAUUUCAACAUCCAAAAAGAUGUUUUUACAGAAGGCAAUUUCAAACAAGCUUUUAGGCCUCACAGCCCUAAUCCCAAAUGAAGCCUUAGUUUGUUGGUUAUUGGUGUUGGUGGCUUGAAGGACCUAAAAGUGCUAAAAAUUAUGCGCGUCUCUUUGCUCUGAUAUAAAAACAUAUGCCGAUCAUCCCAUCAAGAAGUAUUUGUCAAGUUCACUAUAAGGCCAAGGAUGCUUUAUGUGAUUAUAGAACCUUUAAAUUCAUGUAUGACUUUUUAGCUGAACCAUCAACGACCCACUUGAUUGAAGGUGAUUAAACUGAAAUUAUUGGGAGUAUUUUGGACAGAAAAUUAAUUUGAUAUAUUUAUUUGUACAAGGAAUAAGGGUGACAUAAAUAUGCUUUCACUUAGACAAGUGUGAUUUGUAUUGGGAUGCAUUAAUUUGGGAUCCAAUUAAACAUUAAACUUGAA